AUGCGUUUCUCUGCUACCGCCGCUGCUCUGGCCAUGGCCACCACCGUCUCCGCCCACGCCCAGGUCUACGGCCUCUGGGUCAACGGCAAGGACCAGGGUGAUGGUCGCAGCACCUACAUCCGAUCUCCCGCCAACAACAGCCCCGUCAAGGACCUCUCCAGCCCCAACCUCGUCUGCAACGUCAACGGUGGCAAGGCCGCUCCCAAGUUCGCCAAGGCUGCUGCCGGUGACGAGGUCACCUUCGAGUGGUACCACGACAACCGUGGCGACGACAUCAUUGAUGGCAGCCACAAGGGCCCCAUCAUCACCUACGUCGCUCCCUACACCGAGAACGACGGCACUGGUGCCAUCUGGACCAAGAUCGCCGAGGAUGGCUACGACGGUUCCGAGUGGGCUGUUACCAAGCUCAUCAAGAACAAGGGCAAGGCUACCUUCACUCUCCCCUCUGCCCUGAAGGCCGGCAAGUACCUUGUCCGCCAGGAGAUCAUCGCCCACCACGAGUCCAACGAUGCUUACAACGUCAACCCCGCCCGUGGUGCUCAGUUCUACCCCUCGUGCGCUCAGAUUGAGGUCACUGGCUCCGGCACCGCCGUCCCUGACGAGAAGUUCGACUUCAACAAGGGUUACACCUACUCCGACAAGGGUAUUGUCUUCGACCUCUACAACUUUGCCGGCUCUUACUCCAUCCCCGGUCCCGCUGUCUGGAAGGGCACCUCCACUGGCUCCGGCUCCAGCUCCGAGACCAAGCCCGAGACUCCUGCUGCUACCUCUGCCGCCGCUGAGGCUCCCGCUGCUACCUCUGCCGCCGCUGAAGCUCCCGCUGCUACCUCUGCCGCCGCUGAAGCUCCCGCUGCUACCUCUGCCGCCGCUGAAGCUCCCGCUGCUACCUCUGCCGCCGCUGAGGCUCCCGCCCCUACCCCUACCUUCGCCACCGUUGUCCGCCCCUCUGCCACUGCUGCCCCUGCUGAGACUGAGGCUCCCUCUGCUCCCGUCACUCCCCCCAAGACUGGCUGCUCUUCUCGCCGCCGCCGCGCUCGCCGCGCUGCCCGCAACGCUCUGUAA